UGUGGUUCAAGCGCCUAAAAUCCCAUCUUUCGGUCCAAACACGUAGCAAAAACAAGAAGCAAUGGUAGUCCUGUCAAAACCAGCAAUUGAACAGUACUCUUAUAUCAGAAACUGCAUGCCCGCCACAUUACAUUCCGGAAUUCCCUUGAUAGACCUCUCUAAACCCGACUCCAAGCACCUCAUCGUCAAGGCCUGCGAAGAGUUUGGAUUCUUCAAGGUCGUCAACCAUGGCGUGCCACUGGAGUUCAUCACCACCUUGGAAUCUCAAGCUGUCAAAUUCUUCUCCUUGCCACUCUCCGAGAAGGAAAAGGCAGGGCCUCCCGCUCCAUCCGGGUAUGGUAACAAGAGAAUUGGACCCAACGGCGACGUUGGCUGCGUCGAAUACCUUCUUUUCACAACCAACCCAGGCUCAACUUCCCAGAGAUGUAACUCUGUUUUCGGAGACAGCUCGGAAAAGUUUCGUUCUGCUUUGAAUGACUACAUAUCAGCUGUGAAGAAGAUGGCCUGCGAGAUUCUUGAAUUAAUGGCCGACGGAUUGAUGAUUCAAACGAGGACUGCGUUCAGUAAGCUUUUGAUGGAUGAACAGAGUGACUCUGUUUUCAGGUUAAAUCACUACCCUCCAUGCCCGGAGCUUCAGGCUUCGAAAGGUGGGAAUAUGAUUGGAUUUGGAGAGCACACUGACCCACAAAUCAUUUCUGUGCUGAGAUCCAACAACACAUCUGGCCUCCAAAUAUCAUUAAGAGAUGGAAACUGGAUUUCAGUCCCACCUGAUCAGAACUCAUUUUUCAUCAAUGUCGGUGAUUCUUUACAGGUUAUGACUAAUGGUAGGUUCCAAAGUGUGAGGCACAGGGUUUUGGCAAACAGCUUGAAAUCUAGAGUUUCAAUGAUAUAUUUUGGUGGACCACCUUUGAGUGAGAAAAUAGCUCCAUUACCCUCACUCAUGGAAGGAGAAAAAAGCUUGUACAAAGAGUUUACAUGGUUCGAGUAUAAAAGAUCUGCUUACAAUUCAAAAUUGGCAGAUAAUAGGCUUGAGCACUUUGAGAAAAUUGCAGCCUCAUAAUGUUACAUUAAAGUAGGUUUAAAACAACAGAUUAAAUUUCGCAUAGACGGAUUACUCUGUUUUCCUUCUUGCUUUGCUCUUUCUGUGUCCUGUUUCCUCUACAAACUUGUUUCUUUUUUUUCGGCAAUAGUGUUUCCUCUACAAACUUCAAGUAACGACCUCUCUUGUUAAUAAUACAAGCUUACCAUCAUUAUUUACUGUU